AUGACUACCCGCUAUCGCGUUGAAUACGCCCUCAAGACUCACCGUCGAGACCAAUUGAUUGAAUGGAUUAAGGGCCUUCUGGCCGUUCCAUUUGUGCUACAUUCACAGCCCACCGCCGUCUACCAAGAGCACAGCAAAAAACUCACAGAGGUCGCACUCGACACUCACCAGCGCUACGCGGAAAUCUUCCGAGAUGUCGAGGGCCUUAUGGACGAUCACAUUGAACAUGAACUCAGCGGUGCUGCCGGAAAGUCGAAGCUGAAGCUCCUUGUUCCAACAGUCGGCUCGUUCUUCACCAGGGUAUACUUGAAGGACGCAUUCAAGUACCAAGAUCAACAACGUUUCAUCAGCAGACGGCGCUUCGUCGCUCCCUCAUUCAACGAUAUCCGCCUGAUUCUCAACUCCGCCCAGCUCCUUGGCUUGGUUCACGCCCGGGGCCUAGAACUUGUCACCUUCGAUGGAGAUGUAACUUUAUACGACGACGGAACUAACAUGACGCCCGAUAACGCCGCUAUCCCGCGCAUCAUCCGCCUUCUUCAGCAGGACAUCAAAGUCGGAAUCGUCACAGCCGCCGGCUACACAGAAGAAGCCAAAUACUACGAGCGCCUAAAGGGCCUUCUCGACGUCAUGCACGACUCCCAAGAUCUCACCGAUCAGCAACGCUCCGGCCUCAUCGUCAUGGGCGGCGAAAGCAACUAUCUCUUCCGAUACGACGCAUCCUCCCCACAUAAGCUCAUCUACGUCCCGCGCGAGAAGUGGAUGAUCGGCGAAAUGGCCACCUGGAAAGAAGAAGACAUCACAGAGCUUCUAAACAUCGCAGAGUCCUCCCUUCGCGCCUGCGUCGCGAACCUUAACCUCCCAGUAUCCGUCCUCCGCAAGGAUCGGGCAGUCGGCGUCUACCCGCAGAAUAAAGGCCGGCUGUCUCGCGAACAGCUAGAGGAAACUGUCCUCGUCGUCCAGAAUACAGUCGAACGGUCCCAGGUCGGAACUCGACUCCCGUUCUGUGCUUUCAAUGGUGGCAACGACGUGUUCGUUGAUAUCGGCGAUAAAUCAUGGGGUGUGCGUGCUUGCCAGCAGUAUUUUGGCGGCAUUGACCCCGCGCGCACUUUGCAUGUCGGUGAUCAGUUCUUAUCGGCCGGUGCCAAUGAUUUCAAGGCCCGUCUUGCUUCCACGACUGCGUGGAUCGCCAGCCCAGCUGAAACGGUACAACUUCUGGACGAGCUAGCUAGUAUCCAGAAAUCCCUACCAUGA